CUUUCCGGAGGGGGGGAGGGGGGAGGGAGACGAAGAAGGAGGAGUAAGAGAGGGGGAAAGAAAGAGGAAAAGAGUGCGAGGGAGUGAGGGAGGGAGGAAAAUAAACAACAAAAAAUGUCCUCUUCCUCCCCCACCGGGCAGAUUGCAAGUGCGGCGGACAUCAAGCAGGAGAAUGGGAUGGAAAGCGCCUCGGAAGGGCAGGAGGCGCCUCGAGAAGUGGCGGGGGGCGCGGCGGCGGGGCUGAGCCCCCCGGCUCCAGCCCCUUUUCCCCUGGAGCCGGGGGACGCCGCCGCCAGGGUGAGCGGAGAGGAAGGGGCAGUGGCGGCGGCGGCGGCGGCCGGAGCCGCGGCGGAUCAGGUACAACUCCACUCGGAACUUCUGGGCAGGCACCACCACGCCGCCGCCGCCGCGCAGACCACACUGGCCUUCUCGCCCGACCAUGUCGCCUGCGUGUGCGAGGCGCUGCAGCAGGGGGGCAACCUGGACCGCCUGGCCCGGUUCCUGUGGUCCCUGCCCCAGAGCGACCUGCUACGUGGCAACGAGAGCUUGCUGAAGGCGCGGGCGCUGGUGGCCUUCCACCAGGGCAUCUACCCCGAGCUCUACAGCAUCCUCGAGAGCCACAGCUUCGAGUCGGCCAACCACCCGCUGCUGCAGCAGCUCUGGUACAAAGCGCGCUACACCGAGGCCGAGCGAGCCCGCGGCCGGCCGCUGGGCGCCGUGGACAAGUACCGGCUGCGCAGGAAAUUCCCCCUGCCCCGCACCAUCUGGGACGGCGAGGAGACGGUGUAUUGUUUCAAGGAGAAGUCGCGCAACGCGCUCAAGGAGCUCUACAAGCAGAAUCGCUACCCUUCGCCGGCCGAGAAGCGGCACCUGGCCAAGAUCACCGGCCUCUCCCUCACCCAGGUCAGCAACUGGUUCAAGAACCGCCGGCAGCGCGAUCGGAACCCCUCGGAGACCCAGUCCAAAAGCGAGUCAGAUGGCAAUCCCAGCACUGAAGAUGAAUCCAGCAAGGGUCAUGAGGAUUUGUCUCCUCAUCCACUCUCCGGCGCAUCUGAUGGUGUCACCAACCUCAGCCUUUCCAGUCACAUGGAGCCAGUAUACAUGCAACAAAUUGGAAAUGCUAAGAUACUAAGCUCCUCUGGAGUUUUGUUGAAUGGAAGCUUGGUACCUGCAAGUACUUCACCUGUCUUCCUUAAUGGUAAUUCUUUCAUUCAGGGACCCAACGGAGUUAUCCUAAAUGGAUUAAAUGUGGGAAAUGCACAGACAGUGUCAUUGAACCCACCCAAAAUGGCAUCAAACAUUGUGAGCAAUGGUAUGUCCAUGACUGACAUACUGGGCUCUACCUCGCAGGAUGUGAAGGAAUUCAAAGUCCUCCAGAGUUCUUCAGCUAACUCAGCAGCCACCAGCUCCUACAGCCCCAGUGCUCCGGUGUCCUUCCCGGGGCUGAUCCCCAGCACUGAGGUGAAAAGAGAAGGCAUUCAAACAGUGGCUUCCCAGGACGGAGGCUCUGUCGUGACUUUUACUACCCCAGUGCAGAUUAAUCAGUAUGGCAUUGUCCAGAUCCCCAAUUCCGGAGCCAACAGCCAGUUUCUUAAUGGAAGCAUUGGAUUCUCUCCACUGCAGCUGCCUCCUGUUUCAGGGGCAGCUUCACAAGGUAAUGUUUCAGUAAAUUCAAGCACUUCAGAUGGGAGCACAUUUACAAGUGAGUCUACCACAGUCCAGCAAGGAAAGGUUUUCUUGAGCUCUCUUGCUCCCAGUGCAGUGGUGUACACUGUUCCUAAUUCAGGCCAGACUAUAGGGUCUGUUAAACAAGAGGGCUUGGAGAGGAGCCUGGUCUUUUCUCAGUUGAUGCCUGUCAAUCAGAAUGCACAAGUAAAUGCAAAUAUAUCUUCUGAAAAUAUCUCGGGGAGUAGCCUCCAUCCACUGGCCUCCUCAUUAGUUAAUGUAGCCCCAACUCACAGUUUUUCCCUGACUCCCCCUACCCUACUAAAUCCCACUGAACUAAACCCUGACAUUGCUGAUAGCCAGCCAAUGUCUGCACCUGUGGCAAGCAAAUCUACUGUGACAUCUGGCAGCAGCACUAACUAUGCAACUCUUCAGAACUGCUCCCUUAUUACUGGUCAAGAUCUAUUGUCCGUCCCCAUGACCCAGGCUGCCCUUGGGGAAAUAGUUCCUACCGCUGAAGAUCAGGUGGGUCACCCAUCCCCAGCAGUACACCAGGAUUUUGUCAGAGAACAUCGGUUGGUUCUGCAAUCAGUAGCUAACAUAAAGGAGAAUUUCUUAACAAAUUCAGAGAGCAAAGCCACAAGCAGCUUAAUGAUGCUGGACUCCAAAUCCAAGUAUGUCCUAGAGGGCAUGGUUGAGACUGUCUGUGAAGACCUGGAAACAGACAAAAAAGAGCUUGCCAAGCUUCAAACCGUCCAAUUGGAUGAAGAUAUGCAAGACUUAUAAACUUUAUCUCCCUUCCCCGCCCCCCCUUUUUUUUCUGGCAUCAGACAGCAAAUCUUUUCACAAAGCCCUGAGGACAUAAAGCAUUUUCCCAUUUGAAGGGAAACACUAGUUUUGCAAGUAAAAUGCAUUCAAGAGACUUUGGAUUGAUCUGCAUGAAGAUCACAGUUAAACAUACAGAAGGAGGACUGCAUUACUGCAGUCUUUUUCUUCACAUAUGUUCUCUCUUAAAUAGAUGGAGACAAAGGAAUGAGAUGGAAUAUAUCAAGUCAAAGUGUAUCAUUUGGUUGACUUAAUAUAAUUCUGAGGUCAAAUGGAACUUGAUAGUUUUUUAAAUUAAAAAUGUAUGCACCUAACAAAAUUAAAUAUCCCUACAGAGCAUUAGAAACAAUAUAAUUCUUUUUGUUUACUUUUACUCCAUGGGCAUUGAUAUGGUUAAGUAGCAUAAAUGGUACUCCACUAUUCUAAGGGUAUAUUUUUGAAUAUGUGCAUUUCUGUUUUUCAACAUUUUUGUGAAAGUCUUGGUUUGUCUCUACAUGUUUCCAAAUGUGAUUGCUAAUAGUUCUGUGUGGCUGAGAAAGUUUGCAACUCCACUAAAAACUCUGAAACAAAUUUCAGUAUGAGUGUAAAUAUAUUAGUCCUAUAAGCAAGGAUUUGAGUAAGUACAGUGAAUUUUAUUUAUGCUGUAUAUGUUUCUCUGAUACUUCAGACACUAUGAACUAAAAAGAAAAAUGUUUUCUUACUGUUUAAUUUAUUUUUAUUGUUUGAACAGGAAGUGAACAUAGUUAUUUCCAACAAAGUUUUACUUUUUGUAGAAUUCUAAAAGUAAUUAUUUUUAUCAGGAGUCUAUUAAGGUCAAUAUUAAUAACACUGAAACAGGAAAUCCAACUCCCAAUUUUGGAAUUUUGGUACUUUUUUUCACAUCCUUGUUCUUUAUUUAGCAGCUCUCCGAUUCAUUUAAAUAUGUUUUAUAUAGAAUUCUAUGUGCCUUUUUAACCUUGUGGCCUUUUUAUUAUUCUUACUAAGGUACAGAAGUGUCAACAGAAGCACUGAUGGCUCUUUUCUACUAUUCUAACAGGGUUAAUUUCACCACAGAAUUGCUUUAAAUUGAAGAACUUAAGUUUUGCUUUUAUUAUUAUGUAUAAUGUUUAUGAUGCAAAUGGGUGAACAAUCAAUUACUGUUAAUGCUUUUCAUUACAAUGAAAAUAACAAUUUAGACUAUCACAUACAAUCAAUUCUGUAGGCUAUGAAAACAACCAUUUUAAAGUAAAGAGAGAAUAUGUAGAUUCUAUUGAGCAAAAUUCUAUCCUGUUGAAACUUAGUUCUAAAUGUUUUGAAUCAGAUCUUACAUUAUGACAUAUGACUGUUGUUUGCACUAUAUUAUCAUGUCUUCUUCAAAAGUAAAUCUUUUGGAGUUUCUGUCAGAAGCUUGUUUGAUAAUGUUGUGAGCUGUGGGUACAAUUUUUAUCAGGACUCUGAACACAAGUUGUAAUAAUGCAAAUAUCCUUCUGUAGUGAGUAAAGUCUCUGAUCUAUGAAAAGCAAGAAAAGUGGGAAAAUGAUCUCUUCAGAGAUGACUUAAAGUUGUUGAACAUAAACAUGUCACUACAACUUGCUUUCUUUAAUAACAGAACAAAGGGUUUACUCUAGAUCACUACAUGCCGAGCAUGUUGAAUAAGGGCCAUAGAGGAUUUAACUUCUGUCAAAUGGAAGUUAUUGCAAAUGGAACUUGGCAGGCAUAGAUGAAGAGCCCAAUGAAGAAUUCCUCUUCCAUCACUUUGAUAAAGAACUUAGAUCCCAUUUUUUUAUAGAAUUGAUUAAUGUUUCCAAACUGUUGAAACUUACAUGUUUUUCAUUUUGUUUUUUACAAAGUCAGGUGUUUCAGAAUUCUCUUCCACUCCACCACUACUUAUACAGCUUGUUUCUUCUUUGGGUGUGUGCUGAUCAUGUUACUGAGAUUAAUUACAUGGUGUAGUUUACAUGAAAAUGAUGUUUUCCACUUGAUUGCUGCAGAUAUCAAGAGUUUAUUAAUUAUUUAAAAAUAACCAUCCAGUAAGGGAGGUGGGAAGGUUUUAAAAGGUGUAUAUGUUAUAUAUAUAUAUAUAUAUAACUGGAAAGGUUUUCUGUCUUCCAAAAAUACAAUAAGCCUCUUUUAUUCAUAGUUCUUCCUCUUUUUUCCCAUAAGAAAAAGAAGAUAGCACAAAACUUAAGACUUACCUAGAAAUCCAUUCAUACUCCCAACAUGAUGUAAUUAUAACCCUACAAUUACUCCAGGUAGCUACACAAUAUACCAGGUAAGAAUCAAUGCACAUUAUAAAGAACUUACUGUUCUUUUCUAAUCUUUCAGUAAAUUGCGGGCCGGUUGAUAUGUAGCCCAUGUAUAUGUGAAUGAAAUAAGAUAAAUCCCAUGAUCUCCAUGCACAGAAUUGCAAAUGUCUUUUGCAAUACCAAGGGCCAGACCUCAGAACCCUUGGAGUUCAUGUGGCAGAAUUCCUCUCCUGCAUAAACCAAUGCUUGAAGAUGCUGCAAAUGACCCUCUGAUGACCCCCACAGAGGAAUCAGAAUAGGGGUAAAUAACUCUCCCUGCAAACCCCAACCCUGCGUCUGGCUGUGGGAUUUUUGAUGUGAGCCUAACUAUGCACUCUAGCAACCAGAAUUUGGCAUUAUAGCUCUUAGUUAUAUCUAGUAAAGGACAGUCUAUUGUUUAAAGAGAAGGUGCAUUUGUUCCUCAAUCAAGCAAAAGCACCUGUGUUGUACUGCUUUAUAGCUCAUGUAUAUUUAUAGCAAUGAAAAGACUGAAUUGUGUACGUUUCAGUGCCUUUCUUGUGCUACGAAAGGCAGGUAGACGUCAUAGCCAUAGAUAAAUAUCCGUAGUUAAAUUGCACACUGACCUUAAAUCACCUUGUAUAUGCCCUUACAUCUUGCAUGGUAACAGUUGGAUUAUUGGCCAUGUGUUGCAGCCUGCGCUGAUACAUCUUAGACAAGUGUGCAUUAGUACAUAGCCAGAAGUUCAUUCUUUAAAAUGUUUUUGACAGAUCAUCUCAUACAAAUAUAAAUAAUUCAGGAAAACCGAGGGAAAGACUUAACAUUUUACAGAAGAUGUUUCAAAGCCUUCCUAGAACUUAGAUGAUUAGAGCCUAACAUUUAUUUUGUAUCUAAUUGAUACAUCAUGUUGAUUUAAUAUUACAACCAUACAUUUUAUUAAUCAAAAUUAUAUAGCAUGUGACUCUUGGCUUUCAGGGUUAUCAAAAAAAAUUUUAUUCUUUAGUUGCAUGUACUGUAUGUUUAGAGGCAACCAGUUAUAUACUCAAUAUGGUUUUACUGUGCCUUACACAAAGAGAAAAUCUAUACAGAAUGUAUAUCAUGGGAUGGGGUAACAGAGUCUUUACUGCACUGUUAGGUGAUGGCACACAGAGCAUGUCCCAGAACAUUUCUGUGCUUAAUUACCCAACCAAAGAGAUCUAAAGUAUGUAUGUUGUACUGUAAUAGGGGUUUAUGCCUGGACAAUUAAGUGUUUUAUUUGUUUUCUGAAAUGAUGUGAACUUAUUUUUCUAAACACUAUGCUAAAUAAACUUUAUAUUUAUACAUAC